AUGUAUUGUGAAGACCAUCAUCAGGUCAUUAUUUAUUUGUUGGAUUUUUUCAAUCAGAGCAGGAACAACAACAGCUUGAUCUCGUUUCAUUCUCACGAUCAUCGAAUUUUUGUGGAUGAAUCAAGUAGCAGUGAUCAUCCUUCCUAUUCAUAUUUAUACAUUCUUUAUGAAAAAUUGAAAGACAAGAUGAGGAAAAAGCAUAGAAUUGGGUUUUCAACCGCUUUUAUUUCUAAAUAUUCCUCUCCGGGGUUUAUCGACGAUUUGGCAUACACGGAUGUAAAAGUAUCUAAUCAUUUCAAUUGUUUAUUUGUUGCCUCUGAAUCUAAGUGUGUUUAUGUGUCGAAUUUGGAAACAAGACUUAUAAUGUUUCACUUUACUCUUCCAGAAGUAAAUUGUUUGUAUGUGGAAGAAUAUGAACCUGGAUAUGGAGCUUUGGAUGACUCUUUAUUUGUGAGUGCAUCUUCAUGCAUUAUAAAGUAUUCAGUAUCAAAACUGCUCAAAAAAGGUGCUGAUAAAGAAAGGAGUUCUCAAGAUGAAGAAAACUUGGAUGUGAGUGAUUGUGAAAUUUGGAAAAUCACACCAACUGGAUGUUUUUAUGGCAUGGUUUCCAGGUAUGAAAAAACCAAUGUUAAUACUAAGGCUGAGCGUUUGCUUUAUGUGUGUGACUAUCAUGUGAUAGCAGGUAGAAUUCUUGUGAUCAAUUCAGAAAAUGGAAAUAUUUUGAAAGAGAUUUCACCACCUGAUUUUUCACCGUGUGGCAUUGACUUUGAUGUUUAUGACAAUUUAGUCGUUUCACAAAACAGUACUAUCAUUAUGAUUUUACGAAAAGAAGCAAAUGGAGACUGGAAAAUGCGAAAUGAAUUGCAAUUUGACGCAUCAUUGGUUGGAUUGGUUUGUGAUCGAGUGAACAAUCGUAUCAUUGCGUGCAGUCACUCAAAAAACACUGUUGUAGUUUUGGAUGAAAACGGUAAUGCCAUCAAAACCUUUAAAGAAAUUAUGGACCCAUAUGAUUUAUGUUUGGACUACCGGACUGGAGAUUUAAUAGUUGCUUUCCAACACAAAUUGGUCAUAUUCGAAUAA